CAACUGCGAACGCAUAGACAAGCAAACACCACAUCUCUCCCACGAUGAAGCGCAAGGUCGGAGCGCUGGAGAAGGUUGACGCCGAUCUGCCGAACUUGCAGCACAAGAUCAAAGUCGACCCGCCAUCGUAUCGCGAAGACUUCAUCGCGCAAUAUGGCCAGUAUCGCUCGCUGCUUGAGCUGUUCCUCGCCUCGCCCACCACGACCGACGACACGGGCGUAGUCAAGCUGCGCGACCUGAUCGAUUUCGUCUCCCACGUUGCCGACUGCUACCCGACUUUGACUAAAGCCUUCCCAACCGACCUGAUCAACCUCAUCGAAUUGCACCAUGCCGCCCUCGGUGCUGAAUUGAGAGACAAAAUUGUUGGCAGUCUGGUGCUGCUGCGAAAGAAGGAGAUCAUCGACUCCAACACUCUUCUGAACACGUUGUGGCCACUGUUGAUCUCUACGCCAUCGAAAGCACUCAGAGCACUUCUCUUCCAGAAGAUCGUCUCAGAUUUGCGGACUUCGAACAGCAAAACGAAAAACCACAAACUCAAUCGCAAUAUUCAGACAAUAUGUUACAACCUCAUUGCAUCCGAUCCGACUUCACCGAAAGGAGUUUGGGCUGUGAAGUUGACGAGAGAGCUGUGGAAGCGAUCGAUAUGGACAGACGCGAAGGCGGUCAGUAUCAUGGAAGUGGCAGCAUUGGCACAAGACGCGAAAGUGGUGACAUCGGGCGUGCGAUUCUUCUUGGGAUCAGAUCAAGAGCGAGAAGAGGCCGACAAAGAAGACACAGACGAUGAGAGUGAUGUUGACAUCGGAAAGCUGAAGCACCAGGUCGGGAUCAAUAAGAAGUCGAAAAAGCGGGAGAAGGAUCUUGCGGCAGCACAAGCAAAAGUCAAGAGGAGGGAGAAGAGGAAGAAUGCACAUCAAGCGCUCAACUUCUCUGCGCUCCACCUCCUACACGAUCCGCAGGGGUUUGCCGAGAAGCUCUUCCAACAGCAUUUGCAGCCUACGAACCCCAAGGUCAAGCUGAAUCUGGAACAGAAGCUCUACGUGCUGCAACUAGUGUCCCGACUCGUUGGCUUGCACAAGCUGACUCUCAUUCCGCUUUACUCCUGGUUCAUCAAAUUCCUUUCGCACAAGCAGCCGUCGGUCACAUCAUUUUUGGCAUCGUUAGCACAAGCAUCGCAUAAUCUCGUCCCACCGGAUCUCUUGGAGCCCCUGGUCGUGAAGAUCGCAAACGAGUUUGUCUCAGAAGCAUCAGCGGCGGAAGUGUGCUCAGCAGGGUUGAAUGGUAUUCGAGAGGUGUGUGUGCGGCAGCCGCUUGCAAUGACAGAGACUCUGCUCCAGGAUCUUGUGCAGUACCGAAAGAGUAAGGACAAGGGCGUGCAAAUGGCCGCACGAGGACUUCUGUCCCUGUAUCGGGAAGUGGGAGCUGAAUUGCUAAAGAAGAGGGAUCGUGGACGAGAUGCCGCGCUGGGUCUAAGAGUAGGCCAGAAUGCCAGUGUGCGAUUCGGUGCAGAAGAAGUUGCAGGUGGUAUUGAAGGUCUGGAACUGCUCGAAAAGUGGCGAGAAGAACAGGGCAUUAAUGAAGAAGAUGAUGAGGAGGCGUGGAAGAACUGGGAGGCUGAGCAGAACGACAGCGAAAGCAGUGGCGGCUGGAUCAACGUCGAAAGCGACGGAGAGGAUAUCGAAAUCUCCGACUCAGAGGACGAAGCCGACAAGAAGAAAAAGGCCAAACUCAAAGAAUCGAGCAAAGACAACGAAGACGAUCAAUCCCGUCGAACAGCAUCACUUGGACCCGACGCCGCCGCAAUACGAGAAGAAGCUCGCCUCUCGACCCUCGCAACAACCCACAUCCUCACCCCAGCAGAUCUCGCCAAACUUCACGAACUCCGACAAUCCGCUGCAGUCCAAGCCGCCAUGCCAGCCAACAAACGUCGCAAACUCACCUCUCUCCCCGUGAACCCUACAAAUCGCCACGCCGACGAUGCUAUCACAGCAGCCAACAUCGAAGGCCUGGCGAAACUCAGUCACAAAACGACCAAAGAUGAGAAAAUCGCCAUGGCCAAAGGCGGCCAUGUCGAUCCCGUCACUGGGAAAUUUGUUCGUGACCAUGAGAACGAUCAUCGAAGUACGACGGCGAGGAGGAAAGAGAAGAAGGAGUCGGAGGGGAAGAGUACGACGAAUAAGGAGAAAGCACGCAAGAAGAAUUUCCUCAUGACGCUGGGUAAGGCGAAGAGGAAAGGGAAGAGGAGUUUGGUGGAAGAGAGGAGGAUUUUGAAGGAGCAUGUGAGGAGGAAGAAGGCUGGUGGGAGAAGAGGAAAUAAUGGGUAAUUACAGGUGAUUCUAGUUUGAAGGGGACUGGCUGCAGACAAGCAUGGGAGGUUCAUUCUCAUGAUGGUGCCCCCUUAUUCGAAACAUUAAAUGUAGAGACUCCAGCCGAAAGAAACUUGAGAUGCACGAAACGACCGGUUUCUU